CAGAGGGAGCCUCGCCCAGCCUCUGCCCCGGACUCUGCACAGCGCUGCAGUCACAGGCCCGAGAUGCCAGCUGCCCAGCUGCUGCUGCUGGCCUGUCUGCUGUGGGGUGUGGGAGCCAGGACAGCCCAGCUCCACAAAGCCAGUGACCGGAGUGGCCGAUGCCAGUACACCUUCACCGUGGCCAGCCCCGAUGGGUCCAGCUGCCCCGAGCAGGGCCAGGCCAUGUCAGCCAUCCAGGACCUGCAGAGGGACAGCAGCACCCAGCGCGCAGACCUGGAGAGCACCAAGGCCCGGCUCCGCUCCCUGGAGGGCCUUCUCCACCGGCUGACCUUGGCCCAGACGGCCGGGGCCCCCGAGACCCUGGCGGGGCUGCAGCGGGAGCUGGGCACGCUGACCGGGGAGCGAGGUCAGCUGGAAACGCAAACCAGGGAGCUGGAGACGGCCUACGGCAACCUCCUGCAGGACAAGUCGGUGCUGGAGGAGGAGAAGCAGCAGCUGGUGGCAGAGAACGAGGGUCUGGCCAGGAGGCUGGAGAGCAGCCUCCAGGAGAUAGAAAGGCUGAGGAGGGACCAGUGUCCCCAAGCCCGCAGCACCUCGCUGGGUGUGCCACCAGGCUCCAGGGAAGAAGUUUCUAGAAGGACUUCGGAGACCUCGGACUUCCAGGAACUGAAGUCGGAGUUAACAGAGGUUCCCGCCUCCAGAAUCCUGAAGGAGGGCCCACCUGGUCAUCCCGGCACUGAAGAGGGGGACACCGGAUGCGGAGAGCUGGUUUGGGUGGGGGAGCCUGUGACUCUGAGAACAGCUGAAAGCAUCACGGGCAAGUACGGGGUGUGGAUGAGAGACCCCAAGCCCGUCUACCCCUACACCCAGCAGAGCACGUGGAGGAUCGACACGGUGGGCACGGGCAUCCGCCAGGUGUUGGAGUACAGCCAGCUCAGCCAGUUCACGCAGGGCUACGCUUCCAAGGUGCACGUGCUGCCCCGGCCGCUGGAGAGCACGGGCGCGGUGGUCUACGGGGGGAGCCUCUACUUCCAGGGGGCGGAGUCCCGGACGCUGAUCAGGUACGAGCUGAGCACCGAGACCCUGAAGGCCGAGAAGGACAUCCCCGGGGCCGGCUACCACGGACAGUUCCCCUAUUCCUGGGGCGGCUACACCGACAUUGACCUGGCCGUGGACGAGUCCGGCCUGUGGGUCAUCUACAGCAGCGAGGACGCCAAAGGUGCCAUUGUCCUCUCCAAGCUGAACCCCGAGAGCUUGGAACGUGAGCAAACCUGGGAGACUAACAUCCGGAAGCAGUCGGUGGCCAACGCCUUCGUCAUCUGCGGGACCCUGUACACCGUCAGCAGCUACUCGUCGCCUGACGCCACUGUCAACUUCGCCUACGACACGGGCACCGGGAGCAGCAAGGCCCUAGCCAUCCCGUUCCAGAACCGCUACAAGUACAGCAGCAUGAUCGACUACAACCCCCUGGAGAAGAAGCUGUUCGCCUGGGACAACUUCAACAUGGUCACCUAUGACAUCAGGCUGUCCAAGGUGUGAAGGGCAGCCAGGCGGUGUCGGCUGAGGCAGCGGGGCGCCAGCCCCAGCCCACGCCGCUUCGCUGCUCGCCCAGCUCCGGCGUCCCGGGCCGGGGCCUCGGGCUGUGUCCCCGGGCAGAGCAGCCUGGGCCCCGCGCUUCGCAGCACACACGCUUUUCUUUUGGCGGCUCUUAAAGGGAUGUUUCGCCGACAGUUUAAGCUUUCUGGCGAUCCGGGCAAACGCUGUGGUGCGGGGUGGUUUCCCCAAGCUUUGUGCAAACCCCAGGGCUUUUCACAAACGGCCUUCUCUGGCGAGAGGAGAGGUUUAGAGAGAGUUUGGGGAGUCAGGCCGGAAGCCAGGGCCACACCACGGGGAGAGCAGCCCGUCUGCGGGGACAGGGACACUCUGUGGCCAGACUGGUUACAGAGACGCACGGCUCCUCGCGCUCCAGGUAGAGUCCAGGUGGGCACCCACAGCCUCCGCCUGCGCAGUAAAGUA